GUUUUACACUGUUAAUUUAUAACUAUGGGAAUAAUUGGUUAAUAUUUGUUUGAAGUAAAUAAUCUAAUAAUGGACCCCUUAGUAAACACUGCCUUAAAAGGAAACAAUUCUAAUAAGUUAACAAACAUUAAGAACAUUUCCAGAGGAAAAAAAAAUAAUCUCUCUCUUAGAAAUUUUUCAGAAAAAUCAUCAAGUGGGGUGAGUUCUAUUGAAACCAUCGAAGAUGACUUAGAAAUUAAACCAGCAAAAAGGCACAACCAAUUCCCAACCUACAAUUUUAAUGAGAAGAAAGCUAAACUUCACACAACAGAAUCAGAUCUAAUUUGCACACAAGAUUGGCUGAACAAUUCUCAGGACUUGUUUGAUGCACCUGAUUUAACACAGCAACUAAUUCACAAUUCUAAGCAGAAAUAUGAUGAAGAUGACGAAAGUUUACAGAAUACUUUGGAUGAUUUUGAUUUUAAUACACAACUAAUCAAAGAUUUAGACACUAAAGAAAAUGAUGAGAACUCCAAUAAAUUUAACAAAAGUCCAAAUUGCAGAAAAGCAGAAUUUGAUGCCUUUAAACAGUGUUUGAAUUCUGAAAGUUUAAAUGAUGUUGGGACAAAAGACACUGCUAAAGUCAUUUGUGGGACUUCAAGUACUGGUGAAUCUCCUUCAAAUAUUUGUCAAGUACUUAAGGACUCAGAAUUGAUGCAGCAAAUAAAUUGCACAUUUACAGACAGUGAACAUGAGCAAAGCCCCAUACAAUUAUUUAAGGUACCAGAAGUUAUAGAAAAAAUUCGUUCACUAAAAAAAGAGAUAAACAGGAGAAAUCCUAAUAAUUCUUUCCUGGACAAAACAGAUCUGUUUAAUAACAAAAAUGUCACCAAUGACUACAGAACUGAAGUAGACAGUUUAUUUGAUCACAUAGGAGAAUCUAUUUGUAUAAUGGGAACUGAAGCUUGCUCCAGCAAUAGAGAAAUAUCUGAUGAAAUACUGGAUGUGAUCAUAAAUAAGGAAGCUGCAUUGGAUAAGUCAGACAAUAAAAUGGAAAAAACAGGAGCAAAUUGGAGUGAUGACAGCUUUUCUUUAACAUUAAACAGUAGCAUUGGAACCACAAUUAAAAACGCAAUGCUCAUGAAUGCAUCUAAAGAUGUUUCACUACCUCAUUGCAGUAACAUGGAUCUCAGUGUGGCUGAAGUGCAGUCAGAGUUUCAUGAAUUGGGCCCCUUUUUUGGUAUGCCACUUAAAGUUAAGGAGCUUAUUAAGCAAUACAAAGGCAUCAGUGAAUUAUAUGAUUGGCAGAAGGAAUGUUUGAAUUCGCCUUCAAUUCAAAAAAGGCAAAACUUAAUUUAUGCUUUGCCAACUAGUGGAGGUAAAACACUUGUUGCUGAAAUUCUGAUAUUGAAAGAAAUAAUGUGUUAUAAGAAAAAUGUUAUUUUUAUCUUGCCAUUUGUUGCCAUAGUUCAGGAGAAGGUGUGGUCUUUGUCACCAUUUGCUGUAGCACUAGAUUUUCUAAUAGAAGAGUAUGCGUCAAGUAAGGGUAGUUAUCCACCAAGAAAAAGGCGUCGUAAGAAAUGCGUUUACAUCGCUACAAUCGAAAAAGCUUUAGGUAUGGUGAACAGUUUGAUAGAGAAGGGAAGAAUGAAUGAGAUAGGGCUUGUUGUCAUUGAUGAGCUGCACCUUGUUGGUGAGGAAGGCAGGGGUGCUACUUUAGAAGCUGUUCUUACAAAACUAAUGUAUCUGAAGGGCAAUGUGCAUAUAGUAGGUAUGAGUGCCACAAUAGGAAAUUUACCAGACAUUUGUAAAUUUUUAAAGGCCGAAAAGUACACAGGAAAUUUCAGACCUGUUGAACUAACAGAAUAUGUAAAAUGUGGAAAUGAAGUUGCCAAAAUUAAUUGGAAUUACAAAGACGAAAAUGAUUUACUCAUAGACCCAAAAAAAGUGGAUUUCAAAUAUUCUGAAUCUCUUCUAAAGUUAGAUCCUGAUAUGUUGGGUGGUUUGGUUAGUGACAUUGUUCCCAAAAGUUCUUGUUUAAUUUUCUGUGCAUCCAAGAAAAAUUGCGAGAAUGUCGCAUAUUUAUUAUGCAAAACUGCAAAUCCAAACAUAAAAGAACUGAAAAAGACAGAGAAGUUGCAAAUACUUGAGGGAUUAAAAAGCGAAAGUGGACAAAUAUGUAAGACGCUCAAAGUCUCUAUUAAUUUUGGCAUAGCAUACCACCACUCAGGGUUGACAAGCGAUGAAAGACGAAUUAUUGAAGAAGGUUUCAGAGCUGGAGUUAUCUGUAUAAUCUGUUGCACUUCUACGUUGGCCGCUGGUGUUAAUUUACCAGCGAGAAGAGUCAUCAUCCGAUCCCCUUAUAUAGGAAGGGAAUUUUUAAACUUGUCCCGAUAUAAACAAAUGGUCGGUAGAGCCGGACGAGCAGGCCUCGGUGAAACCGGCGACAGUAUUUUAAUAACCAAUCUCCAAGACAUGAAGAAAGUUAAAAAUCUGCUUAUGAGUCCCAUGAGCGAGGCUUUAUCCGGAAUGCACAAAAACGGUGCCAAAGGAUUCCGGCAUUUAAUUCUUAGUUGCAUUAGUCUUGGCAUCGCAAACACCAGGGCCGAAUUGUUGGAAUUUGCUAAAUAUACUCUAAUGUCUGUUCAAGCUGAAAGAUUGGAGAUUUCAGUGAAAGAACUAAUAGAUAACGCCAUUAAAAGUUUGUUUAAAAUGGGUGCAAUACAAGAAUACCACGAGAAAAAGGACGCAGUUCCAACCCUUGAUAUCACUGUGAAGCUGGAUACUUCAAUUAAUGAGUGCUCAGGACCUUCAACUGCCAAGAAAACUGUAGUACUUAGAAAUAACACUAAAUUUGUUGUCAGUAAAAUGGGAUCAGCUGCAAUAAAAGGCGGACUUGAAUUGUCCAGAGCUUUCAUGUUGUAUGAAGAUCUUCACCAAGCUCAAAAUAGUUUGGUGUUAUUAGACUGUUUGCAUUUACUCUAUUUGGUUACCCCAUAUGAUACAUCUGAACAAAUAAAGCCAAACAUGCAGGUUUACUACUACAUUCUGACGCACCUGGAUAAAGGUCAGUUGCAAACCGCUAGAAUUUUAGGACUGAACGAAUCUGUAGCGGUAAAAAUGAUGUCGGGUUUACCGAUUAAAACCAUUCCUGAAAGGGUCGUCAAUAGAUUUUAUUUAACGUUGAUGCUCUACGACUUGUGGAAUGAAAAACCGGUUUUUGAAGUUUCAGAAAAAUAUCAGGUUGACAGAGGUAUAGUUCAAAAUUUGAUGGUUUCGGCGGCGACUUUCGCUUCGAACGUGGUCAUGUUUUGUGAGGAGCUAGAAGAAUUCUGGGCGUUCUCGUAUUUACUAAAAGGAAUGAGCCAGAGACUUUCUCAUUGUUGUGUUAAAGAAUUAUCGCCCUUGAUGGAACUUCCAGCAGUCAAACAAGGAAGAGCAAAACAAUUGUAUAAUGCUGGAUACAAAAAUUUACAAAGCAUUGCAAAAGCAAAUGUCAAUGAUUUGAUGGAAAACAUAGAAUUUAUGACGAGGACUGUAGCAAAUCAACUAAUAUCUGCUGCCAAGAUGUUGCUUUUGGAGAAAGUAGAAAACCUCCGAGAAGAGGCGGAAGAUGUGCUGGAUGGAGUAGAUGUUCCAAAAUAAAUAAUUUGUUAAUUUUUUAUAUUUUUUUAUCAAUACAAAAUAAACAUUAAAUUUAAACA